UGCCCUACAUUUCAUACUUUUCUCAAAUGGAAGAAAGUUUCUUACUUUUGUUUCUCUUUAAAGGAGUAACAUAAUAAUAACCUUGUAAUGGAAAAUAUUAUCUACACUUGUGGUAUCAAAAUCAAUUAAAUCACUACUAUGUAUACAUUAAUAGAGAUAGUAUUGAGCUUAGGUGUUCUAGCCACUCUUGUGACUAUUCUUACAGCAUGUGCUUGUGGCUGCAAGAAUUCCAACCAAAAAAGUGAGUUGGUCGGUACGGCCGGUGUGGUCAAAAUCCGAUUGGAUGAGGAGGUACCAUCUCCAACACCCACCACCCCGGCCUCUAUCAAGCGGGCAUCCACACAAAACAGCCAGCGCAGUUUGCCAGAAAUCCCUCAUCCUGUUGGGCGACAUGACAGUGGCGAUACUGCUUCCGAAAUUUAUGCCACUGUUAAUUUAGAUGAAGGAAAUAAAACCGCAGUUGUUGCGUCUACGAGCCGAGAUCAUCCUUAUGAACAUGCAUAUGCUAAACUUCAAAAUGAAAGUCACAAUAUAACUGUUGAAAUAACAACAGACGAAAGGUCGGAUAAUAUAAUUCAAAUUGAUGAAAGAGAAGCCGCAUCUUCAUCCGCCGAUGAAAUGUACGCGGCAAUAGAAGAAGCGAGCGUAGGCGAGGGCUCAGACACGUACGCACAAAUCGCUCCCGAGCCCCGUCGUCGAGAGGCCUCCGUCCCUCCCGUGGCCGCGCCCCCCGCUCCAGACGCACAUCAUGCCAGAAGGAGCGCACCACCUGAAAUCGGAGCAUGUACUUCUAAUGCUACACAUUCUCGCCAAGCAUCAAUGUCAUCCUGCUCGAAUUCGACGGGUGCGUUAGGGUCGCCCAAGCCGGAGAAGCGUCAGGCGAACUCUCCUUUACCCCCACCGCCUCACACUUCACAUCCAACGCCGCAAAGACAUCAGAGGAUAUCCAGCACCGGUGAUCUCCAUUUUAACCACGACAAGCUACGUCGCAGUCUGAAUGAGAAACAUCAACGGAACAACAGUUGCGUCAGUUCUUCCGACUUUUACGGAUGCAAUUAUCCAGUUGAUAAGCAUCGAUUUAGUUCCGGUGACCUUAUUAGACCACUCGUAGCGCGAGAACUUAAUUUUGACAUCGACCAAAAAGAAAAUCCUAACGAUAAUUUUUAUAACUCCAUCGACGGUCCCGGUUGCAGCAAUUAUUCCUCAACGGAACCAAGCACGAGUCUCACUUCAGAACAUCGCGUCACCGAGAGUCCAUCCCGUAACGUAGAGGAAAUGUAUGCAAAAGUAAUGAAAAAAGCGAAGGCGAGAGAAGAGUCAGUCAGGAAAUCGAAGGACCUCACAAGCACAGAAACCGAAAGUAAAACGUUAAAGUAUCGAAGUGACGAUCCAGGAUACGAAACUAUUGAUAGAAAACAAUCUGUGAACCACGGCUACGAAACUAUAGCGCAUAAAGAACGUAAAGAGUCGAAUCAGGACCCCGGUUACGAAACGGUCAAGGACAUAAAUAAGCCACAUAGCUACCCCAACAAUAAUUUAUUAAAACUAAAUAGCCUAACUGUGGAUAGCGGUCCGAAUAGCAUUUUAAGCAGUGACGCAGGGUACGAACUCAUUUCGAAGACAGACGCUAAUGCCUCCGACUCGGAUCCUAAUUAUGAAGUUCUAAGAAACCAACCACCGACGCCGCCUUACGCGACUAUCGCACCGGACUAUAAAGUACAGCCAACGUACUCCACAGUUAAUAAAAAACCAGGAAAGUACAAUUGGUCAAGUAACAAUAAUGACGACUGUAUCUUGGAACCUAACUAUGAAUCUAUGAAUCACGAAAAUUUCUAUAACACCGGAAGCGAGUCUGAUUCUAAUUACGAAUCUGUUCGACCGAAAGAUCCGAAUUAUGAAUGUCAGGAUCCUAAUUACGAGUCGUUAAGAUGCAAGGAUCCUAAAUAUGAAUCUGUGCGAUCAAAAGACUCAAAAUACGAUUCAGUGAGGUCUAAAAAAGAUCCAAAUUACGAAAGUGUUAAAUAUUUCGAAUUGUCAAAAAGAGAAUCACCUUACGAGAAAGUUAACGACGCGGCCGAAGGUUCUAGAAUCGACAGGUCGGACUCUUCCGCAGGUUACGAGAAAAUUAAUGUUCAAAAUUCAAAGGAAACAAAAAACAGUAUUAAUAAUGGAGCCGAUUGCACUGUAAGUGAUUAUUUCCAAGUUUAACUUUUGAUACGAAGUUAUUAUUUUUACUCAUAGUGGACCUAUGAUGCCGUCAUAAUUAUAAUUAAUGUUUGACGACAUACCUAGGAUUAUCUUUGAGAUUUUGUGCUUUUUAUUUAUUUAUAUUUUUACAAAUAUACUGUGUAUAAUACCUCAAAGAUAGAUGUAACCUAAUAUCUUCCUUAGGUAUCUGUGAUAUGAAUUGUGAGUAUGAAAAUUGUCUUACUCGAUUAAUUUAUGUUUAACAUCGAUGUUGUUUGUUUUUUAUCAAAAUGCAGGCUUUUAAUACAUUGGUAAUCUCCAUUGAUAAGUGUGUUCAUAUUUUUAUAAACAAGUGUAAUGCAUGUGACUAUGGUAAUAUGGCAUGUACAAAAUGUAGGUUGUACAUAUACUCGCGUCGAAAUGUUAUAUUGUAUUUAACAGUUAAAACUAUUUUAAUGUGUUUAUAAUAACCACCAAUAUCAUAACGCAUGUAGCAAAAAUUAUAUAUCUUAUAACUAAACGUAUUUCCGAUGUAAUUUAAAAAUAUUGUAUUGUCACUUUUUAUCUGACGGCACAUCCACACAUGCUUGGUAAACGUUCAUACUUGAUCAAAAUGACUCUUAAUUCGAGAUCGAGAGAACGCCAUCUAGCUGAAGAUAGUCACAAAAAUAAAUAAAAAUAUGAAUUGAAA